AUAACCCACUAAGUUCUCAAGGCUAGCUAGAAGAAUUCAGAGCCAAAGAGUGAUUUCUCUGUGUAUAUAUAUCGAUAGAUAGUCGGUGAUGGCGGCGACGGAACCGGCGGUGAUGGACAGGGAGCGGCUGACGGCGGAGAUCAUGCCCUUCGGGGACGACGACUCGAUCGUUAUCAAGAUCCGGCGACGCCUCCCGGACUUCCUCCAGUCGGUCAAUCUUAAGUAUGUCAAGCUCGGCCUCCGCUACGCCUCCAUCCCCACCGCCGCCGUCCUCGUCCCUGUUCUUGCUGUCGCCAUUGCUGCGGCGCUACGUAUCGACCGGAUGGCGCUGGCGCCGCCGCGGCCGGUGUCAGUCGACCCAGGAGCCGGCCUCGCCUCCGCCGCUUUGGCGUUAGUUCUCCUCGCCGCUUAUUACCUCAAUCGACCGCGCCCUGUUUACUUGGUCGACUUCGCGUGCUACAAGCCCGACGACGAGAACAAAAUCUCCAAGGAAGGCUUCCUCGACAUGACCGACUGCACCGGAGUGUUCAACCGGGAAUCGUUGGACUUCCAGACCAAGAUCACUCUCCGGUCUGGCCUCGGCGACGAGACCUAUCUGCCGCCGGGAAUCCAGUCCCGGCCGCCGCGGCUCUGCAUGGAGGAAGCGCGCCUCGAAGCAGAGACCGUCAUGUUCGGCUGCCUCGAUGCUCUGUUUUCCUCCACAGGCAUCGACCCGCGCCGCGACGUCCGCAUCCUCGUCGUCAACUGUAGCCUCUUCAACCCCACGCCGUCCCUCUCUGCCAUGAUCGUCAACCGGUACAAGAUGCGGGAGGACGUGAAGAGCUUCAACCUCGGCGGGAUGGGCUGCAGCGCCGGGCUCAUCGCCGUCGACCUCGCCAAGGAUCUUCUCCAGGCCAACCCCAACUCCUAUGCCGUGGUGCUCAGCACCGAGAACAUCACCCUCAACUGGUACUUCGGCAAUGACCGCUCCAUGCUCCUCUCCAACUGCAUCUUUCGCAUGGGCGGCGCUGCUCUGCUUCUCUCCAACCGCCGCCGCGACGCGCGCCACGCCAAGUACCGGCUCGUGCACGCAGUGCGCACGCACAAGGGCGCCGACGACGGGUGCUACGGGUGUGUGUACCAGCGGGAGGACGAGCGGGGGGCGGUGGGGGUGUCGCUAGCAAGGGAGCUGAUGGCGGUGGCCGGCGACGCACUGAAGACCAACAUCACCACGCUGGGGCCGCUGGUACUGCCGUUGUCGGAGCAGCUCAAGUUCAUAGCAGCACUGGUGGGCCGCCGCUGGCUGCGCCUCCGCGGGGUGGGGCCGUACAUCCCCGACUUCCGGCGGGCGUUCGAGCACUUCUGCGUCCACGCCGGCGGCAGGGCUGUGCUGGAUGAGAUCCAGAAGAACCUCGGCCUGACUCCGGCCGACAUGGAGCCGUCGCGCUCGGUCCUCCACCGGUUCGGCAACACUAGCAGCAGCUCGCUGUGGUACGAGCUGGCGUACGCGGAGGCGAAGGGGCGAGUGCGGCGCGGCCACAGGGUGUGGCAGAUCGGGUUCGGAUCCGGGUUCAAAUGCAACAGCGCUGUGUGGCGGGCGCUGCGCGACGUCCAAGUUGGUGGCCGCCGCGACCGCUGCAACCCCUGGCUCGACUGCAUCGACAGCUACCCAGUCAAGGGACAGUAAACGCCACCACAAUCCACAAGUUUUUUUUUAAUUUAUUUAAAAAAUAAUAAUGUUCUGUCGUAAUCAUUAUUCAUCCUUUUCAUAAUUAAUCAUC